UUCUGCUCAGUUGCGUAUCGAACACACGUUGUUGAUGUUGUAAUUUAUUUUCUCUGUUAGAUAUCAUAAAAGCAUUGUUGCUUACAAAUAGCGGGUUAAAUAAAGUUAUCUUUCUGGUACAAUUUAAAGUGUCUUCAUAUUGAGCAAAACAUAAAACAACGGGACAACGAAUUUAAUUUGUUGAGUGGAAAUUCACAAGAAUUUAUUAAGUGAAAUUUACAGAAACGAAUUUUAAUUAAAAAAGCAAACAAAUAAUAUUUUGUAUUGCUUAAGAAAUUAUUUCGUAAUAACAUAUUUGUCGUUGCGAAAAAGGAAUAAUUAAGUAUAUAUACACAAAUAGUAAUCACAUUCACAGCUAUUGCUUUUAUGAAAAUUGAAAAUUACAAUAUUCUCACUAAAAUGUAUUAAAAAUAAAUCAAAACUCAAACAAAGAUUUCUAUGUAAAAAGUACUAAAAAUAAUUUCGCUGACGUCACGCCACUUUAAACAGAAAAACACAUAGCAGUGUCAACAUUUUAUAAAGAAAGAAAAAUUAAACGAAAAAUUAAGUAAAACUACCAAAAAAAAUUUUUUUUUAAAAAAAGGUGAAAUAUAUGUAUAUGAGACACUAAAAGUGUUAAACUAAAAUUACGUAAAAUCGUAUUUGUGUUUAAUUAUUUGUGUUACUUUGUGAAAAGGUUCAAAUUCCAUAAAGAAACGCGUAAUAUGUACAAAUUUCAACAACUGAAGCCACAAAAAUCAACAACAAAACAACAACAAAAACUAUCGCAACUUCAGUUUAAUUGCAACGCUAAGAAGCACAAAGGCGUCUAUUUAAAAUUAUACACAUCGGCAACAAUAAAUGUUGUGUGCAAUUUAUACGCUGUCGAUAUAGAAGAGGAGAGAAGGCAACGAUAUCAGCUGCAACUACAACAACAACAACUACUAUUACUACUACAAAAACAACAAUUCAACUUGACUUUGAUCUUCAAUUUGCUAUUCUAUUUGCAUAUUUUCCAGCUAAACUUCUUCACUUUCGAUAAAGGCGAACGUGCACAUUUGCGUUUCGAUAACGACUUUAGGAAUUUUAUCGAUUACACGUAGCCAACGAUUAACUUUACCUACAAUCAAAAUAAACCAAUAACAGUAAUAACAAUUUAUUACAAUAACAAGUGUAAAAUUACACUGAAAUGAAUAUUAAUAGUCCGAUUUUUGUACCCCAUUUGCCGCCACCAGCAGCAAUGCAUAUUGUUAAGAGUUCCAGUAUUAAUAUUUCCACAUUUCCUAACAAAGAAUGCAAAAAUAAUUUCGGCUCAUCACCACCACUUUCUCAUAUGGGUGAUUGGAAUUACAUGUUAAACUCUAAUAUGAAUGCUGCAAAUAUGUCUCAUUUAAAUAUGCAUUUCUAUCAGCAACAAAUGCUCAAUGUGAGAAACCAACAACUACAUCAUUUCAAUAGGCAAUACAAUAAUAUAUUCCAACAGCAACGAACUUUUUUCAAUUCAAAUUAUCAGAUCCAACAAUUGGUAAAUAUGUCAUUUAUACCACAGCAACAUUUUCAGCGGCAAUCACUACAGAAACCUCAACAACACCACCAACAACAACAACAACAACAAGAUGUUCACUACAAGCAACAACAAAAUGCAAAACAUAAAUUGCAACAGCAACAUCAACAUCAGCAACAAAAAACCAAACUUGCAUCAACGAAACCUUGUGAGCGAACUGCAAAAUCUAUCAAAAAAAUGUCAAAACCAUUAAAAACAUCCUCAACUUUAUCAACGCCAAUGAAAACAUCUGCAACUGCAACUGCGACUAUUGCAGGAACGACAAAGACGGUAUUGACGUCUGUAGAAACGGAAAUGCAAACAAUGAAAUAUGACACUAUGCAACAUAAGAGUAGCACAGCUGGUCAUGUUAACUCCAAGUCAUCGAAUAGAGAUGCCUUGCAAGCACAGCAAUUAAAUGGAAGUUCUAAGAAUGAGUCAUAUGAUUCCAGUUUUGCUGGAAACAAUGGUCAUAAUCAUCAGAAUCAUCAGCAGCAGCAACAACAGCACAGCAGUAAUCAUCAUGGUCAUCAUCAACAAAACGGUAAUAGACAACGAAAAUCGCGUAACAACAAUCAUCAACAGAAACGGCAAGAUAACAACGGCGGUGGACAGAAGCAACGUAACCCAACAGAUUUGACAGUUGAAAAUUGGUUGGGAAAUAACUUGGACUAUUGUUAUGAACGACGUCGGUACAAUUCUUCGUCUUUAUACGCAGAAGAUAACGCAACACCACGUCAUAAUCCCAAACAUCGCAACAGUGAUGCCAGCGAGACAACUGGCAGCGAUGAUGUUCAUAUCACAUUUUCUAGCAACGAAGAUUUAGUGGGUAACUUUCAAUCAAAUUCAAAGUCAAACAAGAAGACCAAGUCUCGCCAAAAGCGUCAACAGAAAAAUAAACAAUCAAAUAAGAAUAGAAAUAAUAAUAAUAAUGGUUCCGUCGCUCAAGCAAAUUAUAAGAAAGAAAUACCCAUGGAUAUUGAAGAGGAAACAAAAGAAAAUCGUCGCCCAAAUUAUGAUAGUAACAUUGCUCCCAAGCAAUCACAACAACAACAACAACAACAACAUCAUUUAAACAAGAACAUAGUAUCCGCACAAAGUUUACGCAAGCAAUGCACUAAAACUGCUGCACUCAAAAGUGCCAAUAAAAACAAGAACAACAAUAAUAAUGAUAAUGUGACAGUUAAUAAACUUACCACUUCUCCAUCCAAUACCUCGGUUUGCAGUGUUAUGUCAACGAGAUCUUUACCAUCAUCAGUUUCAUCUUCGGCAUCAAAUUCGCCAACUGCUUCACCAACUGUUAGCAAACGUAACGCUCAAAAUUACAAGAAAAUUGUGCUCGCUUUCCAGCCUUCACAAAUAGAUCAUAUGGAUCCAGCUAUUACUGAACAACAAUUAGUCGAUGAGUUCCAACGUUACGUAGUUGAUUCUAAUUUAAUGCGUGUUUAUGGUUAUCCGAUUGAAAGCGCCAUACAUCGUGGUUGUACAGAGAUUUAUAAGAUCUUACCUAAACCAAUCGAUAAGAAGAAAGACGGUGAAAAGAAUGGCUAUCCAUAUGAGGCAGGUUCUAACGUUAUAAAUUCAUAUGAUGGCUUGUAUAUCAGCUAUUUGGAUAGUGAAAAGCAUUACCAAGAAUAUAUAGAUGCACAUAACUCAUCUGAUUCAGGCCAAGGUUCUGGAGAAUCGAGCCCAUUCUCUAUGGAUUCUGAUUCCAGCGAAAUUUGCGAGGAGGAUUCAAAUACUGCGACAACUUAUUAUACUCCAGAUGGCACUUAUCAGAUUUUCUCGCAAUACGAUCAAUCACUUAAAAAGCAGUGCAUCCGUUGCAAAAGCGAGUUUCAUGUCACCGAAUCAGGCGAAUACUUAAACUGUGAAGAGUGUGUAUAUCAUUGGGGAAAAAUUGAUAAUAUUUAUGUUGGUGGUGAAGGUAUUAGUCAUAUUUACACAUGUUGCAGACGCGAUUACACAGACAAAGGAUGUUCCAGAAAUCGGUUACACGUUUGGUCAGGUGCUGUUAUUGGCAUUAAUGGACCUUAUACUGACUAUGUUUACACACGUCCCAACUAUGAUCCCAAUAGCAAAACCAAAAUUUAUGCUAUCGAUUGUGAAAUGUCAUUUACUGGACGUGGUUUAGAAUUAACAAAAGUUAGUGUUGUUGGUUAUGAUGGUCAACUAGUAUACGAGCACUUCGUGCGUCCAAAAGCCGAAAUUGUUGAUUACAAUACACGCUUUUCUGGUAUCACUGAAGAAAAUCUCGCAUACUCGAAUAAGUCCGUUAAAACUCUGCCAGAAGUACAACGGGAUCUGUUGAAGCUGUUCGAUGCCAACACUCUACUCAUCGGACAUGGUUUGGAUAAUGACUUGCGCGCAUUACGUAUGGUGCACAAAAAUAUUGUUGACACAUCUGUAGCGUUUCCACAUCCAAGUGGUUUUCCAUUUCGCCGCUCUCUUAAGUUUUUAACAAAAUCAUGGCUGGGCCGUGAUAUACAGGGCGGAAAGACAGGACACGACAGUUUUGAGGACUCAUUGGCUUCUUUAGAGUUGAUGCGUUGGCGAAUAUUUAAUGAACAAGAAUAUGCACGAGUAACUCAAGCUAUGUUCAACCGACAUUUCGCCAUGAGUCAUAGGUGUUGAUGUGAAAAAGAGACAGAUUAUGUUGUUUCUUCACAUUUUUCCUAGAAUUUAAUAAGUAUGAAUGAGCCUCUCAGUAUGCCUGAGCAACUUUUAUGUUUAAGCAGUUUUUCUUAUCCAAAUAUAAAGAAAUUAAAUUAUUUGUAUAUAAAAAUCAAUCAAAUAAUGAUUUAAAUGUUGAGUAGUAAAAAAUCAAAGAAAAAAUUCUAAUUUUAAUUGACACGACUCUUAUGUACUAUGUAUCGUAUCAUCAUACGAACUAUCAUCAGAUUUUUUAAAACUAUUAACAGAACUCGUCAACACUAAAAGAAAUUGAAAAUUGAAAACUGAAAAUUGAAAACUUAAAACUAAAUUGAAAACCACAGAAAACUGCUAAAAAACGAAAAUGGAGCGAAAUUUUUAGAGAAAUGUACUGAUUUAUUGCUGUGAUUUUACUGCACUAUUACGCGCUGUUCUCAUUUACCCUUUUUUAUAUUUUUUCUUAUGAACCGAAAUUGAAAAUAUUUUAUUUUA